GACCACAAUUUGGAGAUAGUGAUUUAAUGCUUAAAAACAAUAAUGAAUUUGGAUUUAAAGUAUUCUGUAAAAAACGAUGUUAUGAAUUUCCUAUAAGAGAAACCACAGAUAUUUCAUAUGUCGAAGAUUACGAAGUAUUUCAAAUUAUUUGUAAUGUAAAUAAAAAGACGGCGAGAAAUGAAAUUAAAAAUGAAAAGAUGAACAAUGUAAAGACUAAUAAUGAAAAUGUAAAGAUGAAUAAUGAAAAUGUAAAGACGAACAAUGUAAAUAUAGAGACAGUUGAGAAGAAAAAUAAUAAUUAUUAUACAGAGAUAGUUGAGAAUGAAAAUAAUUAUUAUUAUGAAAAAGCUAUAUCCCAAUGUUCUGAAAGAGGAUUAUAUUUUGCAGCGAAAUGGUAUAUAUUAUAUACACGUAUAUAUGUACAUUUUACAAUUAGUACAAGACUGAUCGGCGGCAGAAACUUUGGAUGGACUUUCCUCUUCAACUAG